AUGCAAAUCGCCGUUUUCCUCUCAUUUUCAUGUCUUUUCGGCGGAGAGUGUGCUUUUUGCGAAGUCAGGGGGAUCGGUCUUCGAAAUCGUCGAGUGCUACUUAGUACCGAUCCUCCUGAAGAGAUCACUAUCAUGUUCGUUUUCUUGAACAUAAUUGCCGAGAGACUCAUUGGAGAAAUAGUAAGUGUGAAAUACCAUAUCUCGAUUGUCCACUAUAGAAUGACCUUCAAAUAUGUGGUAUCAAUCACCGCUGCUCGUGCUCUCUUCGUGUAUCCGCUGACUUUUGUCUUGAAUCUUCGUCGACGACCUCGCAUUCCUCGCUCGUACCAGCAUAUGCUGCUAUUUGCCGGGUUGCGCGGUGCCAUGGCGUUCGCA